AUGCAGUCCCAGAUAUCAGCCUCUCCUCAAUUCCAAUCUCUUGCUCAUAGGGGAGCUCCUUCGGGAGCCCCCGCAUCGACUCUCCCGCGAUUCCGUAGACUGCUCCCCGCUUCGGAGCAAAAUCCCGAAAGCGCCAGUAGUAGAUCGGCAUCUGCCUCUGAAACCGGACUAUUAUCUCCUGGUACUCGCGCUCCUAUGACAAAGACAGCCUGUGAACGAUGUCGUAAGCGCAAGAUUAAAUGCGGUGGGGAGCGUCCCACCUGCAAGUCUUGUCUAAGGAAAGGUUUUGAAUGUGAUUACCAGACCGAUCAAUUUCUGUCAGUCCGGAAGCGCAAACACGACGAAACAGAGGAAAAGGCUGGUAGUUUCGAACAACUCUACCAUCUCUUGAGAUGUUUGCCAGAGCAAGAUUCACAAGGUAUCCUCCAGAGACUUCGUCAGGGCGCCGACGUCGGCACAAUGAUAAGACAGGUGAAGGAUGGUAACCUGAUCCUAAAGCUGGCGUGGGCACCAGAUGCUCAGCUGCAUCACGACUUUCCUCAUUUUAACUCGAUGCCAGCAGCUUUACUCUCGCCAGGAGUCGGCUCGCCACAAUUCCAGCAAACUAAGCCCCAAGCUGUACCGCAAGCGCGCCGCAGACAAACUGAAUUAAUAGACCCUAAUUUACCAGAUAUCCAAGUCUCUAGGUGGACAGAAGUUGAAAAAGACGACGAACUACUACGAACACUACUGCGAAGCUAUUUCCUCCAUGAUUACGCAAACUACACCUGUUUUCAGAAGGACAUCUUCUUAUGUGCAAUGAAAGACGAGGAUCCUCGGUUCUGUUCUGCCUUGCUGGUCAACGCUGUCCUAGCUCAAGCAUGUCAUAGCUACCGUGGAGCUACACAUCGUGCCCAAUUCCGAAUACCGGAGACUCUUGGCCACAGGUUUCUUACCGAAGCAGAACGGCUCUGGAAGUUAGAAAGCGGCAGGAGCUCACUCACUACGUUGCAUGCUGCAAUGGUGUUACAUAUUAUCUACACCAUCAACGGAAGAGACGAGGUCGGUAUAUCAUACCUGCUUCAGUCGGUGCAAAUGGCACAGGAUCUGCAGCUUUUCACAACGGAAGAAACAGAAGGGACAACAAGAACAGCCCGGGUAUUCACCGCUUGGGCUCUAUAUCGCUGGCAAUCAAUGCAGGGUCUUCAUUGCUCUAGAGCUCCUCUGAUACGGGAACCUCCAGCAACUCCAAUGCCGGAGCCCAGCCAAGACGGUCAAGACUCAUGGUACGGCGAGCUUUGGUUAAGACAACCUCCUAGUUCGACUACCAUCCCAAUGCACUUUGGACACGUCUUUCGAGCUCAAACGGAACUACGUCGUAUUGCCAAUGAAAUCGCCUGUAUACGAUUCGGGGACGAAGAAACCGCUCGCGGCUUAACAGAGAAUGAGCUCGCUCAGUUUCGCAACGCGCUUGACAAUUGGUACAAUGCUGUCCCAGACCCUAUCAAAUCACACAACGCGUCGCUGCCGUGCCAGCUUAUCAUGCAUAUGGAGUAUUGUAUCCUUCUCUUUAAAGUCGCCCAGAUGGUUUCAGAUGGGCCGACGACACGCCCACAAGCUAGCCCAGAAACAGCCAAUGACAAAAGCCAACCGAGUAGAGGCGUAGCGUACGCUUUGAGAUGUCUCGAGACCGUCCUCCGUGUCUAUUAUCUCCGUUGGAGUUUCGAGCAUACUGACACCUUCUUGACCUACUUCCUGUCCAUUCUAGCAGACAUGACAAUCGAGAGCAUAAACAGCGCCUCCAUAUCCCCGAACGACGAGGAAACUCUCAAGAUCCUUCGUGCAACACUCAUCCUCUGUGUUAAAGGCCUUUAUGACCAAGGCCAACACAUUUUCGUCUCGUCUAUCAUAUGUCGACUGAUGCAAGACCGUAUGACGGAUCAAGACAUGAAUGAGUUGCGACGGUGCACCACAUGGGGAGAUAAUCAGCCACUAGUUUCUCAAUACGCCGGGGUUACGUUUCCAGUGAACAUAUUAAAGAUGAAGCCCGAUGAGGGUUCGAAGAUGGAAACUAUAGAGAACCUGGCCAAGAAGUAUAACCAAUUGGCACUGGAGGCGACAGAAAAUAAGAAGGCGACCUUUCAAGAAUCGAUAGUAUCUGUAAGUCCGAGAGCUGCUUGA